CCUCAGAUGGUCAAUAUAUUGACAGUUUGACAAUACUAUUGAAUAUGUGAGGCCCUCUAUAUAUAUCAGUGUACUGUCUGUAAUUAUCGUUAUCAAUAUCUUUUGCGGCGCGUGAGAUGUUACUUGCUGGAUGUCAGCUGUAUUUUAUUGAUCCAAGAAGUCAUAAUAUGGUACAAUUUGUACAUAUGAUGUUGGGCAGUUGGAUGUUGUGCGCUAAUUUGGGGGCGUGUAUGUAACUUGUCAGUUGAUAAGCACGUUUAGUAAAGGAUAUAUUGAUAUUGGACGAUUUUAUGCUACACUGAAAGUAGUGUUGAUUUUCCAGUGGAUAUCUCACGCAGGUCAUUGAAUCUGAUGGAUGAUCCUCCACUUAGCAUAAACGAUCUUCCAAAUGAAAUUUUGUUGCAGAUCUUUUUUUAUCUUUCUGUUGAAGAUAUAGCACUUAAUGUUCAAUUUGUUUGCAGUCGUUGGUCUGAAGUGUGUUCAAAUGAUGUACUGUGGAAGAACAGCUGUUUAAGUGUAGAGGGAAGUGCAUCCAUUCAAUAUGUUGUGUCACUGUUAAAAAAAGUUCCAAAAUUGCAGUGUUUUUGUAUCUGGUUUAGAUCAUCAGGAGAAGUUCUUAACAGAUUAGCAGAAUUCUGCAAAGAUUUGCGUAAAUUAGACUUCUGUGUGCCUCAGCUUGAGUUACCUUAUGAAGCAUUCAAGAAUCUUGUUUCAGAAUGUCCGAAACUGGAGGAAAUUACUAUCCCAGGAUCUGCACUAGUAAGAGAAGAAUUGGCAGAACUUGUGGGCCAAUGGGAGUACCUGAAUGACAUUUAUCUUAUAGGCAGAUCAGACAAACCCAUUGCACUGAAGUAUUUAGCAGAGGGCUGCCCAGCGUUACAGCAUUUACACAUGCGUUAUGUUGUGUGCAAUUUUACUGAACUAGAAUAUUUCUUAGAGAAAAAGAAGAACAAGCUAUUGACUUUAAGCAUUAGCCCACUCACUCAAGAUGGCAGAUGUGUGAUUCCUCUCCUUGACAUUUGUAAGGACAGGCUGGAAAAACUGCAGUUGGAAGACAGCAAAUAUUGCUACAUUGAGUCACACAAUUUUGGUAUCAUAAAAACACUGAAAAACUUGAAGGCCCUAAGCAUAAAAAUUCCUCGUGGUGUAAGAACAGAUGUGAUGUCAGAUAUUUUUGAAGAAAAGGCAUUGUGUCAGUUACAAGAACUUGAACUAAACAAUUAUGCAGAAAUAAAUGAUACUCUGGUUAACACUAUUUGUAGUAACUGCCCAAAUCUCUUGAGAUUGGCUCUCAGAUAUUCAACACGUAUUAGUGAUGAUGCAAUGAGGAAUCUACACAAAUGCAAGAACCUGGAAGAUUUAGAUUUGUAUUAUUGCACAGAACUUACAGAUGUCGCUGUGGACUUUGUUUUAAAGUGUAGUAAAUUGAAGUACCUCAAUCUUGGUUUCUGCAAACUAACAGAGAAAAGCUUAACACGUCUUAUAGUUCUGACUGAACUUAGAGAACUGAUCCUUGAUGCAAUUAAUGUUGCAAGUCUUCCCUUGCAAGUUUUUCCUCAACAUUUGAUGAACCUUAGAGAGCUUAAACUUGAUUACUGUAUGGACAUUGAUAAUGAAGCACUAGCUAUUCUCUGUGCUGAAAUGCCUCAUUUAAGAGUAUCAAAAAAACAAGCUGAACUGUGUCCUUGACUGCUUCAUAUUCUUAUAUCAUUAUUAAAAAGCUUUGCUAAAAACGGUGACAUUUCUUUGCUGUGAAUAUUGUAUUUAUCACUUAU